UCAUUAUCAAAUAAUCACUUGUCACAGUCACACGUGUGCGAAAAUACAGCAAAUUAACGCAAAAAUUCUUGAAAUUUCUUGCACAAUUUUUAUUAAUUUAAUCACCUCGCCUUAAUUAAAUACACAUUUAAGAAAAAUGGCCGCCAAUGCUGUUAAGAGAAUCAUCCCCAUGUUGGAUCGCAUUUUGAUUCAACGUGCUGAAACUAUUACCACCACCAAAGGCGGUAUUGUUUUACCCGAAAAAGCCCAAGGUAAAAUGAUGCACGGUACAGUUGUUGCUGUUGGUCCCGGUGCCAGAAAUGUUCAAACUGGUGCCAAUAUCCCCAUGGAUGUUAAGGCUGGUGACCGUGUUUUGUUGCCCGAAUAUGGUGGCACCAAAGUUGAAUUGGAAGACAAAAAAGAAUACUUGCUGUUCCGUGAAUCUGAUAUCUUAGCCAAAGUCGAAUAAGAUUUCUUUAUCAAACCAGCAUUUGUUGUAAAUUAAUCAUAAUUUUUUGUAAUCAUCAGUUAGAUCAACGUUUGUUUUCUUACUUUUAAAUAAUUUCUAUGUAAUUUGAACAAUUCUCCUUAGCCUUAGAAUUUUGGGCUAAGCUGUUACAGCUAUAAUUUAGUUUAUAAAUUCCAUUUAUAUUAUAAAGAAAAAAUAACAAAACUCACUUAUCUUUGCUUUGGAAAGUUGUUAUCCCUUUAAAUCCAGAGCAAAAUUUAUUUGAAUUUUGAACUAUUUUUAUGUAAAGAAAAUAAAUAAAACGGUUUUACGCUUUAUUUCUUUUUAAAAAAUA